AUGGUCCACAGGGAUGACCUGCUGUUGGUAGCACCCAGGGUAAUGGAAGGCGUGUCACCAGGGCUCAACUCGAGGGUGCCUCAAUCAGAGGGCCAGCAGGAUUCCCCGAUAUGGCAACAAAAUGACGAGGAGGAGACCAAGGAAUGGGAUGAGCCAUCAUGGAUGCUGAACAUGAGCUUGGUAGAUGCCAACGCCCAGAUGUCUGUCGACGAGUCAGGCACCACGACACCGCCCCUCGGCCAGCCUGCCACAGCAGCCGCCGAGAAGGCGCGCACUCCAGCCUCUACAGGCGCCACGACGCCGCCUCUCUGCCAACCUGCCACAGCAGCCACCGAGGAGGCGCGCAAGCCAGCCUCCACAGGUGCCACGACUCCACCCCUCGACCAGCCUGCCACAGCAGCUGCCGAGGAGGCGCGCACUCUGGCCUCUACAGGCUCCACGACGCCGCCCCUCCACCAACCUGCCACAGCAGCCGCCGUGGAGCCUGCCACAGCAGCCGCCGAGGAGGCGCACACUCUGGCCUCCACAGGCUCCACGAUGCCGCCCCUCGGCCAGCCUGGCACAGCAGCCGCCGUGGAGGCGCGCACUCCAGCCUCCACAGGCUCCACGACGCCGCCCCUCAGCCAGCCUGGCACAGCAGCCACCGAGGAGGCGCGCACUCCAGCCUCCACAGGCUCCACGACGCCGCCUCUCAGCUAG